AUGGAGCCCACCAACCUCACCACCAAGAUCAACUACUAUCAUACCCCUCCUCCAGGCGAGCCCGAUAUGCCGCAUACCGUCAUGGCCGCACGCACCAGGCGCAAGAAAUACGACCCGCAUCCCACCAAGAUCCAUAACCUCCGCCUGGUGGAGAACAAAUUCAACCUCGAUGUAAAUGGUUUUCAAUACGUCAAAGAUUGUCCCAGCUGUGAGAGGAAGUGGGAUGAUGAUGAUAGGAUCAAGGAGAGGGUCUAUCCGGAGUUUGAGAUGUUGUUGCGGAAAAGGCAUGUGGAAUGA